AUGGCCUCCUUCUCCAACCGCAGCUACACUAUGUCCUCCCGUGUCAGCAACCUGGGCGCCGGCAGCGUCUACGGUGGCGCCGGUGGCUCUGGGGUCCGCGUCUCCAUGGUCAAAGGUGGCGGCUUCAACCUCGCCAACGAAACGGGCGUCUGUGCCAACGAGAAGUUCACCAUGCAGAACCUUAACUACCGGCUAGGAUCCUACCUGGAGAAGGUACGUAGGCUGGAAGAAGCCAACAGCGAGCUGGAGCUGAAGAUUAGAAACUUCUUGGCGAGCAAAAUAGGGCCAGCGGAGCAUGACUGGACCGCCUUCUAUGUUCGGAUCAAAAGCCUGCAAGAAGAGAUUCAAAAUGGCGCUCGUGCAAAAGCUGCAAAGAUUCUUAGCAUCGACAACGCCAGGCUGGCCGCCGACGACUUUCGUGUCAAGUGCGACAAUGAGGUUGCCAUGCGCCGAUCCGUUGAGGCCGACAUGGGCGGGCUGAAGCCGGUUUUAGACGAGCUGACCCGGAGUCGCACCGACCUGGAAAUGCAGGUGGAAGGAUUGAUGGAGGAGCUGACCUACAUGAAGAGGAACCAUGAGGAGGACCUGCGCGCCGUGCGGUCGCAGUUAGGCGGCCAAGUCGACGUGGAGGUGGAUGCCGCCCCUCAGGAGGAUCUCUCUGCCGUCUUGGCCGGAAUCAGAGAACAUUACGAGAACGUCGCCUCAAGAAACCAAAGAGACCUGGACAAUUGGUUUCAGGCUAAGAUGGCCGAGCUCAACAAGGAUGUGGUGACGAGCACCACGACACUGCAGACGUCCAAGUCUGAGAUCGGAGAAUUGCGAAGAACUGUGCAGACCCUGGAGAUCCAACUGCAGGCAGAGAUCAGCCAGAAAGGUGCUCUGGAGGGAACACUGGCUGAGACACGUGGUCGCUACGCCAACAUAUUGCUAAGCUACCAGAAGCAAGUAGGGAUCCUGGAAGGGCAACUGGCUCAGCUGAGAGCAGAACUGGAGAACCAAAAGGUGCAAUUUGGUGAGCUGCUGGACAUCAAGACCCGACUGGAGCUAGAGAUUGUUGAGUACCGCCGGCUGCUGGAUGGCGAGAGUGCCAGGUGA